CCAACGACCACAACAAAUGACGGUGUGGAAAAUGCAAUUGCCAGCGCAGCCGGCGCAGCGAAAACAGGUGAACUCGUCGGAAACCAGGAAUGUCCUUCAAGGAUGUGCGAGAUCUGGGGGAACAUCUUAAGCUGUUGGGGUUCCCGCGCGUGUUUCCCCUCCAAUCCCUGGCCAAUCAGCAUGGCAGCCUGGCCAGUUUCCACAUAGUUGCCGAGCUCCUUCAAUGGCUAGCAGGACUAAUGGAGCCAGGUGCCACUUUACCCGGCGGCGUUGAAUCGGAGGAGCAGCGGGUUCUUCUCGUCCGUUCGGCGACCGAGUUUUUUGUGACCAAGGCAGCCAUUCGUAUUAAUCCCCGAAAACUGUAUGAAGCCGCUGCGGUUACGGCGGCAGAGCUAAAGAAGGUAACCCGACUCUUGACAUCCCCAGGACAAAACGAAGCGGACAACGACGAAGAGGACCAAAGGGACCAGUACCGGAGCCUAAACCCCGUGGAUAUUGGCGACAAAAUAGAGGAAUUGCGUAAGGCUCGGGAACUGGCCACAGACUUAACCCAGCGAGGCACAACCAUAUGCGAGAUGCUUUCGAAGGAACUGCUCCACAAGGAAUCGCUGAUGUCUCAGGCCCAACGACCCUUGGAGCUGCUCAGCGUGGAGCGGACCCUGAAGAACGCCAUCCAAGCUAGCCAAGUUCGCCUCCAAUCGAGUAAAGCCCAACUGGAGGCAGCCAAGGUGGAGCUCAAUGCUCUGGGCUCCAAGCUGCAGCGCCGUCGGGCGGAGCUCGAGCGAACCCGCCAAAGACUGGAGGCACUGCAGCGCAUUCGACCGGCGCACAUGGCCGAGUUCGAGGACUGUGAGAAGGAGUUGCAGGAGCUUUUCCAACGCUACUUUCUCAGGCUGCAUGUACGCGAUGCUCUAAAGUCCCAGCUGGACCUGCGGACUAAACGUGCCACACCUAUCGCCUCACCCAUUCUGCAAAAGCCGGCAGAGAACUCAAUGCCCUUCAUCCCGGAUGGACUCAUCGAGGACGACGAUGAUGACGACGACGAGGACGAUCUGGAUGACGAGGAUGAGGGCGAUGAUGGUGGCGAAGCACUUUCCCGCCUCGAAAUGGUGGUCAAUGGCAGGAGUGUCUUCGGCCUGGACUCGGAGAUACCCGACAUACGGGACGAGGACAAGCUGAUGCAACAGAAUAGCGUGGUUUCCGCCCAGGGAAAACGUCCUGGUACCGCCACCUCCAGGAUUAGACCCACAACGGGUAGAAGCAGGAAGGCAGUCGGAGGUAAGGAAGUUCUAAUUUCACAAACCUAUUUACCAGCUCAAAUAACGAAAAUCCAAGGAAGAGGCGCAGCCGGCUCGGAUGAAGGUACUGAUGCCAGGGCAGCCCGCGGCUUCAGGAGAGGUGUUGCGACUGGAGGAGACGCCGGUGGCACCCAUCGAAACGGCCGCAACGGACCCGGCAGCAGUUUGCUCAACUCACGGGACGAAGACAGCAGCUUCGGGAGCUCCGAAAGCGAACUGGAUGUGGGUGAGAUCAUGGGCAUGAGCGGAAUGAGUGGCAUGAGUGGCAUGAGCGCUAUCAGCGGGAUAAGUGGGAUGAGCAAUAUUGCCUUGGGAGCCGGCGAUGACGAUUUUGAUCUGAACUCGAUCGAUGACAUUAGCAUUUCAAAGUUAACUGGCGAACUGCCACUUAGACCGAAGACCGCCAAUAAAGCGGAGCACCACAGCGAUGAGGAUUUCUAGGGAUAACUAUUUAUAUAUAUUUACUAAUUUUAUAAACUCAGCCAGAGGGCACACAGGUUGUAAAAAGUAAAUAAAAUAUUCCCAUCCAGCAAUUA